AUGGAGCUGAGCAGCAAGAAGAAACUUCACGCCCUGUCCUUGGCAGAGAAGAUCCAGGUGCUGGAACUCCUGGAUGAGUCCAAGAUGUCCCAGUCAGAGGUGGCCCGGCGCUUCCAGGUCUCACAGCCACAGAUCUCACGCAUCUGCAAGAAUAAGGAGAAGCUGCUGGCAGACUGGUGCAGUGGCACAGCCAACGGGGAGCGCAAGCGCAAGCGGGAGUCCAAGUACAGCGGGAUCGAUGAGGCUCUGCUCUGCUGGUACCACAUCGCCCGGGCCAAGGCCUGGGACAUCACGGGACCCAUGCUGCUCCACAAAGCCAAGGAGCUGGCUGAUAUCAUGGGCCAGGACUUCGUGCCCAGCAUAGGCUGGCUGGUCCGCUGGAAACGCCGCAACAAUGUAGGCUUUGGGGCUCGCCAGGUCCUCGGCCCUCCCUUUCCUUUAGAGUCACCCAACCCAGUGCUCAUGGGCCAGGCCCCACCACCUCUCUCCCUUAAAGACUUCACCCCAGAAGAUGUGUUUGGCUGUGCGGAAGUGCCCUUGCUAUAUCGGGCGGUGCCUGGCAAGAGAGUGCCAUGCGACCAGGUACAGGUGCUGCUGUGCGCCAAUAGCAGGGGCACAGAGAAGCGGCGGAUAUUGGUGGGUGGGCUCCAGGCUGCACCAAGAUGCUUCUUCGGCAUCAGCAGUGAAGCACUGCCUGCCACCUACCACCCUGACCCAGGCCUCCCUUGGUCAGAGUGGCUGGCACAGUUUGACCAAGACAUGGGGCAGCAGGGCCGAAAGGUAGCUUUGCUGCUGGCUGCCCGAGUGGUGGAGGAGUUGGUUGGGCCACCUGGACUCCACCAUGUGAGGCUCUUGCCUCUGGCCACCUCCAGCACCACAGCCUCCCUGCCCAGCUCUGUGGUCUGGGCCUUUAAGGCCCACUACCGGCACCGGCUGCUGGGCAAGCUGGCUGCAGUCCAGACCAAGAGGGCCAGUGCCUCGCUGGUCGAGGCUGGGACGGGGAUCACAGUACUGGACGCACUGCACAUGGCUGCGGCUGCCUGGGCCAAGGUGCCCCCUCAGCUUAUUCUGAGCAGCUUCAUUCAGGAAGGGCUAGCUCCUGGAAAAACACCUCUGUCCCCAGAUGCAGCCUGUGAGAUACCACCAGUCCCCAGGGGGCUGAGCCAGGAAGAGUUCUCCCAAUUCGUGGACCUGGAGGGUGAGGAGAUGGGAUCUGGAGUGUGCAAAGAGGAGAAAGGCACUGAAGAUCAAGAGGGGGCCAGGGAGGACAGCUUCGAGCCCCUACCCACCAAAGCUGAAGCCCUCCAGGCCCUGGGCACCUUGCGGAGGUGGUUUGAGUGCAAUGGCUCCUCCCCGGAGCUCUUUGAAAAAUUCUAUGACUGUGAGGCAGAGGUGGAACGACUCUGCUCCCUGUAGGGCCCUGGGCCCCUCUGCUGUGUUUCCUAUGGAAACGCCUCUCCAAACUGCUGCCGAGCUUUUUCCUGUGGAAAUAUAGCACGCAAAAGGUGUGGAAGGGAGAGAAGUUGAGACACCAAGUCCAAGCUCAGAGCAGGUCACCCAGACCCGAGAAGAAGCUGGGGGUCUGGGCUGUGUAGUUCCCAGACAUUUGCGAAGGUCUAGAGCCUUGGAAGGCUGGGACUUGGGCUUUACAGAUGGUAAUUCUGUCCCUUCAGCUCUGUGUUAAGAACAUUUCUGCUUCUGGAAAUAAAGUUUUUAACUACAAA